AUGGUGUUCCAGGUGAAUGGAGGCGUCGCAGAAUCGGGCAUGCAAGAUCCCACGGCCCCAACGAUCGGGAUCGCUGAGGCUGAAGGGAGAGCGAAGACCCACCUUCACAUCAUUUGGGAGUGGAACCGAUUUCCACGAUACUUUUUAUCCGGUAAGAGCAAGAGGUUCGUGCUGCAUUGUUCCCUUCCUCACGAGACGGAUCCUCAUUACCUGACCCCGACUCAGAGGGCGGUUCGCGAGGUGAAACACCUCAAGGCCCAGAUGAAGCUGGCUGACGGUCGACUGCAGCUGAAACAGGAGGAAUUGCUUCGCGUGACGAGCGAACUCGUGGAACUGAAGCUCCGGUUUUCGGCCCUUCAAGAACUCACGUGCGAGUCCUGUGGCGCAAAAAUUGCAAUCCCCCCGAAUCUGCGUCUGGACGGUACGAAAAGAAGGAAGAAGGUCCGCUCGAUUCCUUCUUCGUACUCGUCGGGGAGCCAGGACAGUCUGGAUGGAGCCAGUGUGACGUUGAGAGCCGACAAGCCGACCUCCUUGACCGACUCUGGACAAUUCGAGGAGAAUUCCUCGGCGAAGUCCCUACGGAUGGCGCCGGACCGGACUUCCGUGGACGCCGGGAUCCUCACCGUGGAAUGCAGAGAGGAAUAUCAUGAGCUCAAGGCCAAAUACAACGAUCGGAUCGAAGAACUCCUCUCGCAACUCUCUCUGCUCAACCGCAGCUACGGCGACCUGAGGGGAAGAUACGAAGCCGCGGAGUGCAGGCUUCACGGAUUGGAAGAGGAAAGGAGGGCUUUGGUGCGUGAAAAGGAGGCUGGAGAGAAUCGCCACGGAAGGAUCUACAUGCAAGCCUUUCAACAGGGAAGGGAGACCGCCCGAGCCGAACGAAAAUCGGAAUUGGACGAUCUGCGUCUCCAAAAGAUGCCGGAGCUCCUCAAGGGACUCAAACUGGAGGAAUCCCAAGUCGAUUCCAUGCAGGCGUUGAAACAUCAGACGGCAUGCCAAGAGACGGUCGUGAAAGGGAAAGAAGGCUUUGACCCCGGAGUCACUUUGCAAUUCCUCAAAUCCGCCAUUUUCUAUUUCAUCACGGACCCGGAGAACCAGGAGGGUCAUUUGAAGGCCAUCGAGAGCAUCCUCGGAUACAACGAGACGGAAAAGCGGAAGAUGAACAAAGCCGUGAAAUCCUGGUGGCGCUGAUCCUGCGGAUUUCUCGCGCUGAAAACCCAAAAUCCCUUUACUCGUUUCCCAUCCGUCGUGUCCGUCUUUUGAAGCUUAGAGGGGGUAUGAAAAUGUCUAUUCUGUGAGGAAAAUAAGUCGAUUCUGUGAUGGAAGAAUGUGACAGUAUCGGUGCUUGGAAUUCAAAAUUCACUCGAGCUGUGUUACUUGUAGACCAUGUUGGGAGUUACCUGUCUUGAUGUUCAUUCCAUCCCGUGGCGCAUCGGUGACUUUGGGAAUAAAAUAUAAUUAACGGUGUA